AUGAAUGUACGUGUGAAUGGGGUGUCUUAUCGUACUAAGACAGGAACAUUGGAGAUUAAACGUCGUUUUGGCGCAGCCGCUGUUCUUGUGAGCUCUGAGGAACCAAGACCAGUUAUUGCUGCUGUAGACGCGAUGGGGCGGUUCUUAGUACAGGAUGGACAGAGUUACAGUGUAUAUUCGCUUCAAACAGGAACUCCACAUGUUAUGGCUGUACUAGCAUCACAGCGAGAGAUGAAGUUAUCUCAGCGCGAUGAGGGACUCUCACAGAAUAUAGAUGGAUGGAAAAGAGGCCGUAGUAGUAGUAGAAGUAGUAUUACAACACGGCGGCGCAAGGGAAAUUACGUCUUCUUUGUACAAAGCUUUAUGAAAGGGUUCUCUAAUGUCUCUUUUGCAGAUGCUGCUAAAGAGUGGCGUCUUUUCCCGGAGGACGUUAAGCGGACGGCCUCCGUUGAAGUGCUGCUUGAGCGUGUGCGAUCAAAGGGCUUGUAUCAAUCUAGUUUCGUCUAA